GAGUCUUCCUGCUCUCUCUCUCCCUUUUCUAUUUUUCCUCCCUUACAGAUAGGGUUUCGAGACCCAUCCUCGCUGCCAUCGUCUGACCGCCGCACCACCACCAUACUCGGUGGCCGGCAAUGCACAAGAAUAGGCCGUUCGGCCUUGUUCCAAAAGAGUUUGAAGGCCUAGCCUUCUUAAGUCGAAAAGAACCGAAAGAAAGGGCCCUCACCCCUCUUUUAGCCCCGACGAUGGAGGAGAGACCUCCCGCGAAACAACCACAGGCGGUUCCGGGUAUGGAGGAGUUGGUGGGAGUGUGUGAUGCCUGGGAAUGGUGCUGCAGAGGCGUGGGGUGGCAAACAUCAUGGUGUGGCCUGGGUUCUUUUUUUCUUUGCUAUUUUUUAUUAUUGGUCUGGGCUAGGGUUAGUAGUUUGGGCUGUUUUGUAUUGGGUUUUAAGGGGUUUGAGUAAUUGGGAU